AUGUCAGUUGCUUCUCCGGGUUAUCUCGACGCCAUGGCGCCCCCGGGUGGCCAAAGCUAUCGCAAACCAGCGGAGCUCCCUUUUGAAUUGACACAGAAUAUAGGCAUUUUCUUUGAAGAAAAUCUAUUGCCAUUACCACAGCAUAUCGCACUCGCUACUACGUUUCUCGUUCACCCAUCUACAACCACUCGCGCUAAGUCCGCGGAAGAAAAAGAUGCCGCUCAUCUCUCGUUGCGGCUCCUGCGACUACUCAGUUCCUUAGUCUCGCCGCAAGACUGCAAACUGAACCAUGCGUUUUCUUUUGCGGAUCGGGUAUCGCGAUCUGGCCGACAAAAAGAAGAGGGGAAUAGCAGUUUGCGAUCUGAUAAACCGUUGAAUUUGGAAAUGGGAAAGUCUGAUUCGCUAUGGUCUCGUGCUGAGGAUUUCUGGCACAUGGUUGGAUGGGCGUUUAAUUGCUCUGUACUUCACCCCGAGCGCUGGGAGCGCUGGCAGAUUUGGCUGCGUUAUAUGUGUGACGUCCUCGAAGAUGAUUGGGCAGAACGAGUACGAGAAUAUGAAGAGGUCACUCAACCGGUUGAGAAUGGAGGCCGACAGAGAGCGGUUCCUCUUAACAUUCUGCGUGACAGUCUGAUCUACCAGUUCAUUACCUCGAAUUCCACUUAUGGACGAAAUCGCAGAAUUCUUCGAGCUAUCUUCGCGGAUGGGAGUACUGCCUCUAUCAAUGAAUUCCGAGCUGUAUUCAAGAAGGAACUUACGAGCCUUCAAGCCCCGGAAAAGCCUAAGAAGAGAGGGCGUGGAGUCAACAUUGACCAGGAUAUAUAUGGAGACUACCUAUCGCAAGAUGAGACGGAUGAGGAGAUGAACGGAACGACAGACUCAGCAGCUCAUAAUACUUCACCUUCAAAUACAAAAGGGAAAACGCGUCGCACGAAGCGGACGAGACGGGGAACCAGAUCUGAAACUGGAGCUAAAAUCAAUGGUUCCGCAGAAGCACAACAAACCUCCCUACCUCACCAUAGCGUUGGGCUCGCUGCAUCAAGCGGCCUGGCAUCUCUACGGUUUCGCAAAAGACUCAUGGGACUUCUAUCCAACGUCUCCGAACGCCUUCCUCGCGAUUUCAUGAGCUGGAACGAUCUGUACGAUCUUUUCGUGGAACACAUUCGCCCGCUAUCUCUUCCAGCCUUCCAGACUAUGAUUAGUCCAGCUGUUCUGCCCGUUAUCUCAGAGCCGGCACAAGCUACACUCUGCGAAAAGCUUCUCUUCAAUCUACGGGAGAGUUCUGCACCUGACUCAGAGGAUACGUGUCUCAAUCAAGCUAAAUUGGAACACUGCUUUCUUCCGUACUCAGCAGCAUCCGCUACCAUGGUGAGCAAUGCAAAGGUCUCGUUACUUCUUGAGGCAACUUUUACCCUUUUGGCGACUAGUGGUAUGAUCAGCUUUACGCGUCAGCUUGAGAAAGCUGUUCAUGAUGGAGUCCAUCGGCGAGGGCGAAUGGCUCAGGAUGAUCUCGAACGUAGUCAAAAUACUCAUAGCCAGGAACCGAUUGAAUGGCUCUGUUUGAUUGAUAGUGGGCUAAGAUUGGUGUACUUUCUUGAGCUUUUCAAGGAUAAGACCGAGACGGAGAGUUUGGCUUGA